UUUCAGCCAACAGAGGGCAGUGUUUAACAUCGAAACAGACCGUCCUCUUCAACUUCAGAUUCAAAUGGUUAAACUUAAUUUUGUCCUUAAAUAUCAAGUGUUAGGACGAGGUGUGAAACGGAAAAGAGAGAUAGCUGCAGACGGAAAAUGUAGCUAUACCAGGAACAUGUUUUCCACACUCAGAUGUUUAGUGUCAAAAGGUACCAAAAAAAAAAAAAAGUGCCAUUUCACCAUGGAAGCAGAAGUGAUGAUGUUCUAGUGGCCCUCCCAUCAGGAAACGCAUCAGUUCAGUGGUGAUGUUAUCUGUGAUGCUUAAAAAUGAUCCGACCGCAGUCUGAGACAGACCCGCAGUGCACAUUUGAAACCAUGUAUGUAGCAGUGAUGGACAACAUCUUCUUGCUUGUGCUGGUCACUCUUCUCAGCGUCGUUCAGAAUGUGUUCUUCGCCUUAAAGGUUGAGAAAGAGUGCACCGGUCAACAGCCUAAACAUAAUUCUGCAGCGUUUGAGCGUCUGUCCUGUGCGAAUCGAAACUGCAUGGACACGUACCCCACAUUUCUGGCAGUACUGUGGUGCGCUGGUAUCUGCCUCAGCCAAGCUCCAGCUGCCUUUGCUGGCAUUAUCUACCUUGUGGUCAGGCAGAAGUACUUUGUUGGCUACUUGGGGCAGACUUGCCAGAGCACUCCUGGCUUCCUGUUCGGGAAACGCAUUCUCUUCUUCCUGUCACUCAUGUGUGUUGUGGGAAUCAUAAAUCACCUGAUGCUCACCUACGGUGGCAGUGACUACAAAGAGUACAUCCAGACCAUCACCAAAGCAGCGUCAACACUUCUGCUCUUGCCCUGAAAUGUGCACGACAGAUUUUUCUGCAGCUGAAACGCAUCAGUGUAGACUCCUUCGGUUAAUGGUUUGUCAGUUAGUCAGAGGAUGUGGCAAGUACAGUGUUCAAACAAGCGUUCACAGUGAUGGUCACAAAGGCUUUUAAUUGCAAUAUGAUAUGUACAUUUUAAAAAGCUUUACAAAACAACAAAAGAAGAUUGUUUUUACUGUAACUAUCCCAGUAUGUGGUGUUUGAAGAAAUGUUUUAAAUGGGUCAUAAUAACAUGCUUUAGUUUUUUCAUUGAGGUCAACAUGUAAGGUUAGUUAUUUCGCACCUCUCUCUGAGCUUUAGAUUUAAAUUGUCAGUUUUUUUGUUACUGUGCCUUUAAAAAUGCCAAGUUCUGCUCAGGCACCGGAUUGCAGGUUUCCUGUUGUGUGAACUGUAGUUCGGCAAAAUCCUCUGUCUCUUUGCAUAGUCUGUAUUACAUGACAGGGUUACAAAAUAAUCAGUGAUGAAAUGGCAGAAUGAAAUUAUAAGGGUAUAACUGUACAUAGGGCUGGGUGAUACGGCCAAAAAAAUAUCAUGAUAAAAAGUUCAUAUCAGUUGAUAAUGAUAAUUAUCACUAUAAAUUUCAAAUCGUGAUUACCUCAUAUUUAGAUGUUGAAAGAUAAUUAUUCAUACAAUACAUUAUAAUUAUCAAACUCUUGUUAUUGUUUUAUCGAGGAGAAUUAAAUCACGAUAAUUAGUGUUUUAUCACCCAGCCCUAACUGCACGUUUCUAUUGAUUCUCUGGAAGUAUAUGCAGAGCUGUAGGUGCUACACAGAGCGUAACUUGAUGUUAAGAUAAUAUAAUUAUCUGUUUAUUUGGCUUGAUUUCAGCAAUCCAAAAAGAUGAUAUGACCUAUUUAAAGCAAUGAAGACAUUCGGGCAAUUUUGCAUAGAGUGAUCCUUUUAAAAACGCAUUUUAACCAUCUUGAGUUUGCUAGUUUACAAUGUGAGGAUUUAUGAAAUUUACCUUUCUGCUUCAACAGAAUUAUAAUUAAGAUUAAGUUCCAGUGAUCUCCAUUUCCCUGUGAUUUUUUGUAUUACUGCUGACAUGAGCAAAAUAAAGCUUUAUUUACAGUAAAACUGUC